AUGUCUGCUGAGCCCCACAAGUACUGGCCGUCGGUCGGCACGACCUACCCGCACUGGGCCGACCUCCUCCUCGCGACCCAACUCGCCGCAGCUCGAGCCGGCUUCAACUACCUCGGCCGGUACUUCGACCAGCGCAGGCCAGCCCAGCUGUCGAUCGUCUGCAUGGUGCACUCGACGCAAAUGCGCGCGAGCGGCUGCACGCACUCGCUCGUCGAGGCGGUCGCUGUCGACCCCAAGGACGUCACGGGCGGGUGGAGGGUCAGCAAGAUCAACGCGCAGAACCUCGAUGCCCAACGGCACCCGAUGCAUACGGGAGGCAUCGGUCUGUCGUACUGGCUCAAGACGUCCACCGACACCCUCAUCCUCCGCCCUGGCGACAUAGUCCGAGGUUUGCGAGCCAUGCAUACCGUCGAGGGCGCCUUGCGUGCUCAGGGCCGGCGGGACGGACGCUUCCUUGCCUGUCGAACCGUGCCGCCCUCGCGCGGCAGCGUCCACCCGGCGUACCUGAUCACGUGCGUCCUCGACGCCACGUGCUGCGAGUUCCUCGUGCGCUUCGAGGGCCUCGGGCCCGACGCAGGCGGCGAGGACGGCUGGCGCUGCCUCGAGAUCCGCACCAAGCACUCGUGCACGUCCACGGCGAGCUCGCCCAGCAAGAAGCUUGAGUGGAGGCUCGAUUUUUGGCCGCAGGUUACGCUCGUCGAGGGUCGGAUUGGCAAGCCCUUCUCGCGUUCGGCCAGCACGAAGAGCGGCCAGCACGAAGUACUCAGCGACCGCUUCAUCGGGCCGUUCCCGGUUCAGACGCUCGUCCUCUCCUCUCUCGCGCCGUACCGCUCCUCGUCGCCUCCCCUCAUGCCUGCUCUCGCCGACGCCGACUCGUCCGACUCGCCCACCGCCCUCGCCUCCCUCCUACCCGACCGCCAAGCGCUCGCCUCGGCCGAGAAGGACCUCGCCGACGCGUCGACCGCCGUCGACAAGAUUAAGAGCGACCUCGCCGCCGCCGAGAAGCGCGCCGCCGAGAAGCGCGGGCGCGUCGAGAAGAAGCGCGCCAAGCUCCAGCGCCGGCUCGAGCGCGAGCGCAGCAAGAGGAAGUCGGUCAAGGAGGGACCGAGGUCCAAGGACAAGAAGCGCGACGUCAAGCGGGCCGGCGAGCGCAAGAAGAAGGCCGAGAUGCUGGCCCUGAGCGACUAGACGCUGUAGGAGAGCACGGACUGCGAUGCCGACGAGUCUUUGUCCCAUU